GUUGUGUCUAUUUCGACGCUUGUAUUUGCUAAAAACUGUUAAAUUCAUCUUAGGAAUAACAUUUUCAUUGCAAAAUGAAUGUAUUAGGAAAAAGAUGGUUCCUAUAUUUCUGUGGAUUUUCAGUAAACGUCGUGAUGGUUUGUCUUGGCAGUAUGAUGGUAUGGACUUCUCCAGUUAUACUAAAACUACAAUCAAACAAGACCCUCGUUAAUCCCAUAGGACGGCCGAUCACUGUAUGGGAGUUCUCACUUUUUAUCGCAACAUAUCCAUUAGGUUUAGUUAUAGGCAGUGUAUUAAUCGCAAAAGUACCAGAUAUUAUUGGAAGGAAAAGAACUCUAAUCUGUAUAGCAUCUGGUACACUAAUCUCUUUUAUUGGUUUGUUUCUGGCACGAAACAUUUAUGCUUUCUUUAUUUUUAAGUUUACUGUCUCAUUAAGUUUAGGUGGUGGGCCAAUUUUGAUUCCUAUGUAUACAGCAGAGAUUGCCGAAGACUAUAAUAGGGGUCGUUUAGGAUUUUUUAUAAGUGUAGCAAUGACAGUUGGUCAGUUGUACGGAACUGUUAUUGGCGCUUUUACUUCUGUUAAUGUUUUUUCUCUACUUUGUGGAUUACCUGCACUCUUAUGUCUUAUUUGUUGUACUUGGUUACCUGAGUCACCAGAAUAUUUAUUAACUAAGGGAAGAAAAAAGGAGGCUGUUAUAGCACUAUCUAGGCUAGGAAAAACAAAAAAAAAAUUGGAUAUUGAAAAUGAGCUUGUUGAAACACAGAAUAUGUUGCAAACCAAUACGUUGACAAAAAAUAAUUUUUUAAAACGUUUAAGAGCUGAUAAUGCUGUUAAAAGAGGAUUUUACCUUGCGGUGUCAAUUAUGAUAUUUCAAGAUUCAAUAGGAAUCAGUAUAGUCCUAGGUCUUCUUGGUCCACUUUUAAGCGAAUCUAGUGUAGGGUUAAGUGGAGAUAUUCUUGCGAUUAUACUCAUAAUUAUUAAAUUUGUGGCUGUAAUUGUAGCUACGUCAAUUGUAGAGCGAGUAGGACGCAGAAUUUUGAUUUUAGUGGCAUUGUUUAUUGCUGGUCUUUCAAUGCUUUUUUUGGGAUUAUAUUUUUAUUUUCAACAAAACAGCUAUUACAUACCUGAUGUUUUUAAAAAUUUACCGUUAUUUUGUAUUACAUGUUUCUUAGUAGUGUUUGCAUUUGGUCUUAGUUCGGUACCUUACAUUUUGGUUGCUGAAUUACUUCCUAGCGAGUUAAGAUCUGUAGGAAGUAGUAUUUGUCAAUUUUUGGGGGAGAUUUGUAUGAUAUCUACAUCAUUUUUAUAUCCUAUUGCAGCCAAAUAUUUUGGAGUACAUUAUUGUAUGUUCUUUUUUAGUUUUGUUGGUUUCAGUGGGUUUACCCACUUAUAUUUUUUAUUACCAGAGACAAAAGGAAAGAGUUUUCUCGAAAUAAGAAAAAUUUUAAGUGAUUAAAUAUUAUAUCUGAAUAUUGUGAUAAUAGGUUUAUAAUUUGUGAAUAUACUAUUCGUGAACAAUUUUUGUGAUUGAUUCCAUUGCAAAGAGAGGGUUUCAUUGAUCUCUCUUAAUUGUUAACACUUUAACUUGAAGCAAUACUUACUUUGUCUCUGGCUCUCUGGUUGCCAUAUUGUGGUAUUAAUUCCUCAGUAUUCUUUAUCAUCAUAGCACUUUUAGAUCUACUAAAAUUAUGGUUACGUCCCAGUUCUUCUUUUUGGUAUCAUAACCCUGGAUAGGUCUUUGCCUGUUUGGCUAUGUCUUUCUAUUCAGAUCUCUCUUGUGCCCUUCUCCUCCAUUGUCUAAUAUUCAUGGUUUAUUCAUGGUCUUCCACGUCAUCCAACCAUCUCGCCCUGGGCCUUCCUUUCUUUCGCCUUCCUACCGGCUUCCACUGUAAUAUUUUCUUUGUCGUUUUCAUAUCUUCUUGUCGCUGAACCUGUCCCAGUCAUGACAGUUUUUUGACUUUUCACAAAUCUUACAGUAUCAUACCCUUCAUUCAGUUUAUUCAUCUCGUCGUUUCUCCUGAUUCUUCAUGUGCCGUCUUCCUCUUGCACCGGGUCAUAUACUUUUCUCAGCGUCUUUCUCUCAAUUGUCCUGAGUUGGGCUUCAUCCCUUUUCGUUAUCACCCAGGUUUCAGAACCAUAGGUCAGCACAGGUCUAAUUAAGGUUAUGUAGAUAGUCACUUUGGUUCUUUUGUCUAAUAAUUUCGAUGUCAUCAAUCUUUUAUUAGUAUGUAUGUACGAUUUACACUGGAAAUACGUGCAUUAAUUUCGCUGCUUACGGAAUUCUUCUGAUUUAUUUCUGUGCCCAGAUAUGUGAAAGCAUCCACACUUCACACGUUAAAUAGUAUAGUUGUCUAUUGCUAUAUUAUUUUCAUUCUCAGGGGUUCUUUGGAUGGUCAUAUACUUGGUUCUUGUUUAGUUCAUUCUAAGCCCUCUUUUUGUGCUUCAGGAUAAAUUUCCUUGAACGUUUCUAUUAGUCUUGUCUUGCUUCUACUAAUAAUGGCGACAUCGUCUGCAUAUGCAGUAAUUUGUACUGUUUUGUUAUUUAUAUGGCCGGUUACGUUGGUGUUUAUGAUGAUUGCCUCAAGAACUAGGUUAAACAGCAUGGUUGAAAGUUCGUCUUCCCCAUGUUGAUGUCAGACAGGGGAGACAGUUCUCCAUCUACUCUAACUACGGCUUUUAAACCCUGCAACGUCAUUUUUAUGAGGCUGAUAUAUUAGGUUACGUCUCUUCUUCUUUAAGUGUCGUCUCCUAAUCGAAGGUUGGAUAUUAUCAUCUACUGCUGCUCUAAAGAGUUCUAUAGAACUGCGUUUAAACCAGUCCCUUAAAUUUUUUAACUAUGACACUCUCCUUCUUCCUAUACUUCUUCUGCCUCUUAUCUUUCCCUGUAUUAUCAGCCUGAGCAUUUCAUAUCGCUGUCCCCUCAUUACGUGUCCCAGAUAUUGUAACUUUCUUAAUUUUAUUGUGUUUAUUAUUUCGCAUUCUUCACUUAUUUUUCGCAAUACUUCCGUAUUAGUUUUCUUCUGUGUCCACGCAAUUCUAAGCAUUCUUUUGUAACACCAAAUUUCAAAUGACUGUAGCUUAUUUAUGUGUUCUUGCUUCAAUGUUCAGCUUUCAAGUCCAUAUUGCAGUAUCGAGGACACGUAGCAUCUCAAAGUUCUUACUCUCAGUUCUAAGCUAAGGUAUUUGUGGUUACGUCUUAGUUACAUGUAAUUUUUUUAAUUUUAGCAGAGUCGACUUGCGUAGUAUGUUAGCAUGAAAAUAUUUUCUGUGCAGAUUCACAUCCAAAACAGAGUAAUUGGCCCAGAUUAGAUCUCUUUUUUUUUUCUAUAUAUUUAUCUACAGAUUGUUGACAUUCUAUAGGCUGCCAUGAUAAAAGAUUUUAAAGAAGUAAGCAAUAUAGCUCCAAAUUUUACUGGAAUAAUCUAUUUGAGUACUAAGAAAGGUUAUUACUUGGUGGCCAUUGUAGGACCUCUAUAUGAAAUCUGUCAUCCUCAAAUGUCAUUAAGGCAGUACCGGCAUGGAAACGAGAGAAACACCCUUCAGUUUACUAGUUCUGAGUCAAAAACGCUACGACCAACACAAAGAUAUAUUUAUGUGCAUGGACUUUGAAAAAGUAUUUGGUACAGUAAGAUAGGACCUACUAUUAUAACGUUUGCAACAAGUCAGUUUAGAUGGAAAAUACAUCAAAUUUCAAAAAACUUGUACUGUAAUCAAAAUGCCAGAGUUAAUAUCGAAGGUUCCAUGUCCACGGAAGUAGAAAUUAGGAGAGGAGUUAGAUAAGGGUUUAUUGUGUCACCCCUGCUUUUGAAUCCUUAUUCCGGGUUUUUAUUUAAAGAGGCACUGCAGGAUCCCAAGGAUGGAGUAAAGGUGAAUGACGUAAAUAUCAACAGUAUCAGAUAUACGCUGAUGGUACAUAUUGCGGUUUACGGAUUCCAACUUGGGUCUACAACGACUCAUCUCAUCGACAGAAGACAGAAAAUAAACAUUAAGAAAACUACAGUGAUGUCAAUACGAAAAACCAAAAUGAAAUGUACCUCAACCUUGUAUCCAAAAUUACCGAAAAUAUUUGCUGUAUUUACUUAUAUUAUAUUGAAAUUAUAAUGCUUUUUUAGAUGUUAACGAACAAAAAAUAAUUAUAAUUAUAUUUACCGAAAAAUAUGUAGGUACUAAGAGUUUUGAUAUGUAUUAUAUAAAGUGGUAAGAAAAUAUAGAUUGUAAAAUAUUAGUAAAUCAAAUAAUCACUUCGGUCAUAAUUCACUCCAGCAUACAAUCACAGCAUUAUUUAGGUAGAAGCGAUAAUCCAUAUUCCGUCUGUGCUGUGGUAAAACGGGACAUCUACAGCAACCAUUGGAGUAUGGACAGUAUAGAUAAAGUAUUAAAAUAAUAUUAUAAAUAUGAAACGUUUAAAGGUAAAAUAAUGGACCUGUAAAUUUAAAUACAAUUAUUUUUCUAAAAAAUUUCAUACGCAUAAAAAUGUCUCUAGAAUAUGUAAUUAAAUGAAAAUUUAGAUUAUAAUAAUAAGCUUUGGUAUUAAAAUUAAAAAUUGUAAAUAAAUCAUACGAAACUGAAAAAAGGUUUGUACGAAUA